AAGUAAGAAAUUUGAUGGUUGAGACUUGAAGAUCCCAAGGAAUUACCAAACCAUGAAAUUCUUAGGCUAUACAAACUUUGCCUUUGUUGUUUUCCUUGUCUCUUUUCACUCUCUCUUGGCUUGCUCUCAACCCGAGUCUGAGGAUCAUGAAUUUAACUACGACGAAGGAACAGGGAGGGGUCCAUCGCGUUGGGGCACACUCAAACCCGAAUGGAGAAACUGCAGCGACGGACGAAAGCAAUCUCCUAUUGAUAUUGGAAUAGUCCAAGUCAAUUCUGAGUUGGGAGAGUUGCAAAGGAACUAUAGACCAGCUCAAGCUAUUUUGAGGAAUAGGACUGCAGAUGUUGCGGUGGUAUGGUCAGGGGAUGCUGGAAACAUUACCAUCAAUGGAACAACUUAUAGAGUGGUUAACUGUCACUGGCAUUCACCUUCAGAGCACACUAUCAAUGGAACUAGGUUUCCGUUGGAGAUUCACAUAGUUCAUCGUAGUCCCCAAAAUAAGACUGCUGUCGUCGGGAUUCUUUACCGUUAUGGCAUGCCCGAUUACUUCAUUCUUAGCAUUUCCCCCUUCAUAUUAAGCCUUCAAAUGGAAGACCAGAAUUUAGGGUUUAUUAAUCCAGAAAGAAUAGGAUUUCCUGGCUCAAGUUAUUAUCGAUACAAUGGCUCACUUACAACUCCUCCCUGCUCCGAGAACGUGAUUUGGACAGUCUUCCGACAGCCCAUGACGGUGACUCGGUCUCAAGUUGAAGCGUUAAGGGCUGUACUUCCUCCUCAAAACAGGAACAAUUCAAGGCCAACUCAACCACUCAAUGACAGAACUGUCUUAUUCCGUCCAAGGAGGAGUAUUUUCACUUGAAAACAUAUGAACCAUGUCUAACCCUUAACUCUGUAUGACAUAAGGGUGUACCUUUUAUACUUAAAUAAAAGAAAUUAAUGAA